ACGUAAAUACCUUCCUUUUAUUUUCUGGUCUUGCCCCUCGACAUCGUUGUUUCUUUCAGGAACAAAUAUGCGGUUUCGCCAAGAAGGCGCAGAAAGCCUAACCGUGAUGGGAGGAGCUCCUCCGACAGUGCUCUCGGCUCUGACCGUCGCAUUCUUUAUCCUUUUCUGACUGACAGACAUCGAGGAGAGAACAGGGCGAAAUAAUUAAACGGUUCCAUUUUUCUUAUUUGCGCUCGAAGCUUUUGAUACCGCAGGAAUAAGUGCGCGUGGGUACAAGGUUCGGCAACAGCAUGGGGGCAAAUGAUGAGAAGAGUGAAGCGUGUGGAACUAUCUGUCUGAAGUACCUACUCUUCGCCUUCAACUUCCUCUUCUGGCUGGCAGGGGGCGCUGUGAUGGCCGUGGGGCUGUGGACGCUGCUUAAGAAGAGUGACUACAUCAGCCUGCUGCCCUCUAUUACCUAUGCGGCUUCUGCCUACAUCCUGAUUGUGGCUGGGGCCAUCGUCAUGGUGACAGGUGUUCUGGGCUGCUGUGCCACCUUCAAGGAACAGAGAAGACUUCUGAGAGUGUACUUUGUCCUUUUGCUGUGUAUUUUCCUCCUGGAGGUGGUUGCUGGAGUUCUUGCCUACAUCUACUACCAGAAGCUGAGCGAAGACUUGAAGGACAAUCUGAAACACACCAUGACUGAGAAGUACAGGCAGCCCAGCCAGGAGCCUGUAACCCAGGCUGUGGACAAGCUACAGCAAGAGUUUAAGUGCUGUGGCAGCAACAGCUCCUCUGAUUGGCUGGAGAGUAAGUGGGUGCGGUCGGCAGAUGCCAAGAGCCGGGCGGUGCCGGACAGCUGCUGCAAGACCCCGACGGGCGGCUGCGGUCGCAGGCCACACCCCUCCAACAUCUACAGCGUCGAGGGUGGCUGCAUCACCAAGUUGGGGAACGUCAUCCUUGAGCACUUGAAGAUCAUCAGUGCAGUUGGCAUUGGGAUCGCUGGUGUGCAGAUUGUGGGAAUGGUGUUUACGUGCUGUCUGUAUCGGAAUUUGAAGGCGGAGCCAUUCUGACAGCACAGUCACUUGGAAGGAGGGGGGGGGGGGCUUACUGAGUUACCGUAACAGUGCCUGAUAUUUAAUAAUUUAAUUAUCUGUGUGUAUGUCAUGUGUCACAUAAUGAGAGGGAGUGCUGUGCAUCUCACAGGAAAUGGGAAUGGAAGGAGAUAAAGGAUAUGGUCUUUUGAAUAAUUGUUGAAAUGGUAGUGCAUAGCUCCUGAAAAAGUUACAUACUUGUAUGAAUCUGCUGACAUUGUGUGGGGAUGGGGGGGGGGGGGGGUUGUUUGCUCUAACUGAAGAGCUUGAAUCUUUUUUAAUUUUCUGUGAUUGCUGAUGUGUCCACCAUUUUAGACCAAAGUGCAUUGAAAACCUGUACAGUGACACUCCUCACUCCGGCCUCUUGUAUCUUAUGGCUGCCAUAUCUGCACUGUAAUCUUAUUUUUUUUAAAUGCCUUGUUUUAUAUAUUUUUUCAGGUUUCCGUGGUCUGUGGUACAGAAAAAAAAUGUCAUAAUUUCCAAGAUUGCUUCUGUGUUUCCACAAUUGCAAUAUACUCUUGUGCAUUUUCUUAUUCGUCGGUUUCUGGCAUUAUGUCAGCAUUUCAGUUUCAGUUUCAGUGCAUGCUGGAAAAUAUACACUACAAAAAGCUACAUCCUGUUCUGACUGGG